AUGAACAAGCUGCUGCUGCUUACAGUCCUUCUUGCGUACGUGUGCGGCACACUUCAAGGUAAAUAAAACAGAGUUUAUGAGAAUAAUUUUUUAUGCUGUCAUGUCAAUCCAUUGUGAAGUACCGAUAGUAUUUGCGUAGUUGUCGUAAGUUUGGCCGAUGAAAAGACCAUGUAGUCGGUCAUUCAUCGUGAAACUCUAUAAAAAGGUACGCGUCUAUCUAAUUGGGGCCAGAGCCAGAAAUAUUGUGGAAAAUCCCACACUAGUACAUUCGAAUGUUGCCAAGUUCAUGCCAAGUGUCAGUACAAUAAUCCUCCGCUGUAUCGCUUUUCGAUCUUGCGACCUAACUCUAUCGCGGACUUCGGAUGCAAGCAUAUCUGAUACAUAUCGUGGAUUUCCGUUGACAGGGGCCUUUUUAUUUCUGUCCCAUGUUAUCUAAGUUGGCUUAACUAGUGGAUUUAAAGGAAUCCUAUCCAAUAUCUGAUAGAUUAUAAAGAGUUUAUGUUGUUUAAUUAUGUGAAAAAGAUUUAUCAGAACGUGGGGGGGGGGUGUAAGGACUUGAAAUACGUAAACACAAUCAUAAAAUACAUGGAUUUUCACUUUGCGCGGGGGUCCUUGACCUCAGCCCCCGCGACCAAUAAGGGAUCACUCUAUUGGCAGUCAGUAAAGAAAUCAAUGAAACCAAAAAAGAAACCGAGAAAACAAAUGGACUAAGUUAGUUAAACACAACUGUUCUGGGAGGUAUUUGGUCGAUUCAACUUUGCGAAUGAUUAGUGGAAUUAAAUACGACCGUGAUUAAAGACCAGUACAUUUUUAGGAUGUUUGCAAAGAGGUUUGUUAUAGAUUAUCGUCAGUUGGGCGUAAAAUCAAGCUGACACUUUUACUUAUGAUUUACCCGCAACAUGUCCGUUUACGUUCAACAUUAUGAAUAAGUGAAGAUAUAUUUAUUUCAUUGGUGGCUUCUAUAAGGAAACAGCUUAUAAAAGCAGAAGGCAGUGUGUAACUUAACUGUGAACAAAAGGCAGGAGCACCUACCCGACCCAGUACUUCAUAGAUAUCUGGUCCAAACUGAGUUUUGCGGUCAUGUAAACUUGUGGGCAUAAUUAAUUUUUCCCGGUCCACUGCGCCAAGUGUCACUCAAAAACCAGAAGAUGAUUGAUGUUCAUACUACACUAACUGUUUAUUGCCUAAGGUUGAAAAGUCGAUAACGCCAUAUGUUUUUCUUAGGUCCAAGUUUCAUAGGAGAUCCACGCAUAAUUUGCGGAGAUAAGAGAGGUCAGAGUUAAGAAUGGCCGCUUACAACUUAUCUGUGAAUAAGCAGUAACUCGGCAAUCUAUGCAGUGUAUGUGAGUAAAACAUUUGAUGAGCAUUUUUACAGAACGGCAAAUGCUAAAACUCACAUCUUGAAGCUGAGAUAGUAAAGCCGACGGGUGUUUUGGAAGCACGUUGUUUGUCCCACAACUGCUACUCACACAAAAGUAUAACUUGUAGGAGUUAAAGCCAUCAAAGCACCUGCAAAAACGCCCAUUUUUAUUCGUUCCCCUAACGUGUAACUUUAAAGCUGGAAUUAAUCGCUGGAGUGGGUCUCCAAUCCUGUUCAGUCGACUAACGAAUAUAACGUGACGGUGCGGACGAAAAUAGCGAUUUUUGAAAGGGCGCUCUCCCCACCGCUUAUACAAUUACACCCUGUAAAAAUAGCUACUUAAGUAGCAUGCAUUCCUUCCCAUGAUUUUUGAUGCCCACAUAAAUUCAAGUAUAUGUCAUAGAAAAAAUGGGAUAAACUAUUUUUGGGGUCCAGCAGGUAACAAUCUACGUCUUUUUUCAAAUUUUAUAUUCGAAGAAAGCGUAUAUUUCCGUUUAAAAAACUUUCUUAAUUUUCGAUCGAUUGUGAACCGGGAAUGCUGUUGUACUUGUGUCCAGGGAAACUAAAUGCUGUAUAUCUUUUCUGUUAAGAAAAUAAAAUAUCCAUUUAUACUUUUAGCAGGCCUUAUUGUGUUUGUAAACUUUUGCAGUGAUAGUGGACUGUGUUGUAUACCUUAUAAGUAGUAUUAUUGAGUGGACAAAUACAAUGCUUUAUGGGUAGACGUUUCACAGUCUUAACAAAACUGGUAGCUGGAUACGAUCUUCCCUCAUGUAUAAAAUUUGAAGAAGACAUAAUUUGCUGCCAACUGAGUAUAAGAAAAAAAUAUGUUACAUUUUCUAUAAAACAUAUUUGAAUUUAUAAGUGCAUGAAAAAUCAGCGGCAAAGAUCAUAUUGCUUAAAUGGUCAUUUUUACAGAGAGUGGUUCUUGCAGGUGACCGGAAAGAAGCUCGUCCAAAAGCCAGUCUCCUGAUUUAACGAACUAUUCUGUAAUUACGCUGCGCGACAGUCAGCCUUACGAUCCAACCUAAGUAAUCUUUUCUGGUCAGAGACAUACUUUAGAAUUUCGGCUAAUGACCCAUGAGAUAGCAUAUCUACUGUAAAGCCAAUGGCUGUGGCUGAGGAUGUAUAACCUGAGGCAAAUAAUCAACAAUAUAAUAAAAAAGGCCGAAAACAGCUCACAGUUUAUACUUUGGCAGAAGGGGAGUCAGUUUGAAGGUCAGGAGAAUUGCAGCAGAGGAACCAGUGGAAAGUGGAAGAAGGAACCUUUUGCCUUUUCUUCUACUGCGCAAGUUCGUGAAGGUUUGUCAACUAGAGGCAAUUUAAAGGUCCCUUGACUUCUGAUCCUGAGUCAGCUUAUGGGAGGUAGAGGGUCGUUUUAUAAAGAAAAAUUGUUUUUGGAUAUUUUUUUCUAGCCAAUUUCUCCCUGCCAUGCUUAAAGUAAUUCAGAAAAUUCUCUGAAUACACAGUGGUAAUGUAGAUUUAUCCAUUUUAGAGGAUAAAAGACCGCGUUUCAGCGGUAAGUUCAACAUUUGUUUGUCAAAAUUAAUUUCUCAAAGGACUAACAAUAAGCGUAAAAAGUCAAAUCGGUAGUAAUUAAAUAUAUAAAGACCUAGAAACAACCAGCUUUAUAAAACUAUUAAACGUUGAUGCACCCGGAAGGAUUUUUGACUAUGCUAGUUUGUCAUAGACAAACAUAGAAGGACUUCUCUUGAAUAGUUUGGCAAAUUUUGUCCCGACUUACUUAAUUAACUACAAGGUCGAAUAUGGUAAAGUUCAGAAAAAUUAAUCUGCAAUGUUCUCUCAUAAAAAAACAAACGGCAGGUGGCAGUUAUCUGUAAGAUACUUUAAUUUAUUAUAUAAGAGGUAAAAUACAAUAUGUUUGGUCUUUAAGUUCUUUAUAUGCCCUUGGAAAUUACAAAUUUUUCGGUUGACCGAAGUCAAAAGCUCAUAGAAGGCCUAAAAUUUUAAUUAAUCGACAUUUUAGCCAAAUGCGUCUGCAAUAUUCUUAUCUAAAAAACAGCCGGUGUCAAUGAUACCAAAAAAGAAUUCAAUCUAUCCGAUAGGGAGUAACAUACUGCAUUUCCAGCCUCCCAGUUCUUUAAGCUUUCUAAAAAUUGCACGUUGUCCAGCUGAUCGAAAUCAAAAACUCCUGCAAAGCCUGAAAUUCAAAAUACAGGACAAUCUUAACUAAAGUUUUUGGACAAGUAUCACAUUUAUGUGUAUAGUAAUCCACCACCAGUUAGCAGUCAGAACAAGCAACAGUAACUAGGUAAGUUGUGAACACUUGAAGAGCUGAUCCGAAGAUAACAUAGAUUUUCUUUACAUCUACCAAGUCUGAACUAGUUCUCUUUUAAUUUAAAAGGUCUUUAUAAUAAGGGUUCUUAUUUAUUCUUUAGAAAACCCGAAAUACAAAGAAUUACUGAAAAGUGAGUUGGAGGUUUUAGUCCUCGCUCGGCAAAUUUAAUAGAGGGUUUAAAGACACCAAAAAAUGUUUACCUUUUUAGAGAUCGAGGAUGCACUUGGUGAGUCAAACGACGCCUCUCUUUUUGCUGCUAUUUAUUUAUAGAGGAACAGUGCUUUUCUGCAAAGUACAUUUCCUAACAAAAUGUGUACCGAAUUCUACUGGUUUUGGCGAAAAGCAUCCUUUUGAUUUUUUUGGUUUUUUUCACUAAUAAGUUCCGCAGAUAAUGCGUGAAUUAGUUUGACUCUAUUGUCCAUUCUCCUUUCUACAGACAUAUUCAUUGGAAACGGUGUCGGGGGUAAGACCAGUCACUGAGCGAUAUGAUGAGAACAGAAUGUUUUUACUGCAAUAAUAAUGAUACUUAUGUCAAUAACAAAAAUGAGCUACUUCCCAGCACAGGAUCUGUGACUGCACGUUCGCAAGCUCCCAUAAAGAGUGCUUGUUUAAUUUUUUGGUUAAUUUCACCUGCAAAAUUUCCAAUAAGUGCAUUUAUUAAAUGAAAAAUAACGUCAGUUUUAUGCGAAUUCUUUGCAGCUCUGGGAAAAUGGCUAGGUAACCUCAAAAUUACAUAUUGAAAAGGCAAAAAACAACGCCUACCAACUAAAUGGAUGCAAAGUCAAUGAUUGUCAUUGCGUUUGAUGGAUGUCUUUUAAAUUUAUAUUCGAUGAAGAAUUUCUGAGAAUAUUCAACUCAAUUUCAGAGUCAUUUCUCGGACAGGAGGAAGAAAGUAGGCAAUACACUUAUCCGCCUUUCUCAUGAAGAUCAUUUGUGAUUGCGGAGAGAUACCGUUCGUUCACUCAACUCCAAUUUAUUUCAUAUUUUAGCAUUAAAAAAGAUUUUGGGUAAGUUCGCUCUAAUUUAGCUCUAAAAACCAUUUAAGGGAGUCGGUGACAUAAGGGUAACUGAUCUUGUUACAAAGAUGCAGAAAGUCGCCCUCAUCCUUAGUUUAUUGCUUUUUUGGUCGACAAAUUCUCCAAGUUACUCAAAAUAUUUUUGCUGAUGACUGAAACAAAUAUGAAGUUAAUAACGUUCCGGUCAUUUAAAUGUGUGCAGUAUGUAACGAAGGCUUCUUAUUUUAAAAUCAGGUUUGAUGUUCCAGCAAGGCUCUACUGGUAAUUCUAGAGACAUCUCUUUUCUCUUAUGUUCUACGGUCAGCGGUAUCUGACAAUGAGCUUUCUUUUCAGUUUGGCAUGAUUUGACAGGUAUUUGAGCGAUUUGACUUAACUUGUUUCUACGUUUUUAUCUUCUCUGCCUUGAAAGUUGACCUGAGAAUAUUUUUGCAGUCGGGGUAGUAUUUGCUGGAAAGGUCUAAUAAGCGUCAAAAAAUCUGUUUUUAUUUUCAAUCUAUUUAGCACCGUUCGUGAAACAAGCUAUUAACGGUAUGUCCCCGCGUAUAAUGUUUAAGACUGUAUAAAAGUAUCAACUGUUGGUUCGAGUAAGUUGUAUGGGCACUGGUUGAACGUCAGACUGUUUGUUCACUUUUCUGGACUUUCGAACUCUUAAGGCUGUCCGUGCUCAGAGCGGACGACAGCAGAACUUCAAGAGGAAUGAGGUGAAAGGUACCUUAACCGAUUAACGACUAGCGUUGUAGCUCUGCAGAUGGCUGCACAGUGUUGCUUAUGAGGAGACAUGUCAACUAUGUCGACUGAUUAAUUCUCGCGAGGAGGUCACUCUAGGCAGUAGAGACGACACACUGCAUCAGACUGUUCACUGAAACCUAGUGAGUCCCUAAUUUACAUGGCCCGACUAUGCACCGUGGCCUAAAGUCGCCAUGUGAUUCGAACACUCUGAUAUGCACCAACACUGGGCCCUGCCGCCUCUGAAACACCCUUUAUAUGUGCCAGAGUGUGCUUUAUCGUCGUUAGGUCCUCUGAGCAUUCUCCAUGAGGGCAAGAGCGCAGACGUUGUGCCAUGAAACCUCUCGUGUAAUCCUUCCGCUUAGAGUGAUCGAAGGGAUAGCGAGCCUCGUGGGGUUUUGGCCCCAUAUUUUUGCCGCGAGACCAAAUAUUUUUGAGGAACAUUCACAUACGGCAUCGCCUUUGUGCACUAAAAUAGUUAACUUGAAUUCUAAGAUGUGGUGUGCUCUUUGUUGCCUCCUCUCAAACUGUCAUUUCAGUUCUGUCGUUAGGACCACGUCUGAGAAGUAUACCAAGGCAGGGCAAGAACUGACAAGCAUCUUCUUCCCCUGGAAUAGUUUAUCAGAGGAUAUAUCCUUGGGUGGGCCGUGGAAUCGCUAAAAUAGUUCCCUUCUGAAGAAAAAAGCAUGACAACGACAAAAGAGAAUAAAAAGACGGUUUUGUGUUAGCCGAAAGCGUUUUCCGUAUUCCAAUAGGAACUGAUCUGUUAUUGGGCCGAAGAUCAUGAGCGAUAGAUGAAAGUUCGGUGUUUAAGGGACAAGACACAACAUUUUGUGUUCAUUGAUUACCCCAAAAAUUUCCAAGCCGUCCCCUUCCAACGGGACAACAGCAUUAAUUAAUGAUCAGAAGGGAAAAAUUUCGUUAUCUAAAAUAGGCAGGCAAAACAUUUUUAAAUAGAAUUUACUAGAUGUCAACAUGAGUUUUCCUGUUUUUACAGAGUCAGCGCCACUUUUAGGUAUGAUUUUUAAUAUAACUUUGUUUUCUGCUAUUUUGUUUUAUGGCAUCUAAAAUAACCAGGGGCUCUGAAAAGAUCGGGUUGACUAACUGCUGGAUAAUUAGUGCAGUCGUGGUUUAAGAGUAGGUUGUUACAUGAUCAUUUUAAAACGCAAUGGAUUAAAAAAUAUUUGCCAGGAUUUCCGAUGUCGUUUAUCAACUACACCUGAACUUACUAACCGUUACUGUAUCUUUUCAUAGAGGUGCUUUAUGCCGGAUUCAAUGAAAGUAAGUGGAUUUUCACUUUCAAAAAUAGUUUCUGUGCGCGGAUCGGCAAACCGCUCAGUAUAAAUAGAAGAAAAAGGGGUCUAAUUUUGACGCAGAAUACAAAAUCCGUCUACUGAGUUUACUGCCAUCUGGUAACAUCGAAAGACCACCUCGUUUUUUUAAAUGCCUACGUGCGUGACCCCCAUAUCAGCUUCAAGCUUUUUUAGGUACGAAAAAUUUAUUUAGCAAAGGCAUUAAAGUGCUUUUUUCCUUCACAAGUGGCAAUGUAUAGUUAUUUGAAUUCCCUACUUAUGCAUUAGAAGGCUCUUGUUCCCUUACUGUAAAGUACCAUGGAUGGCUACAAGACUGAUUGCUUCUAAGUAGACCGGUGCAAUGAAUAAGAGAUAACCCUUGCGGAGACAACUAGCUUGCCCCAGAAAGAGUAUUCACUACCAUAAUAUAGAUAAAAACUAAACAGGCCACAAGCUGAAUUACCAUAGGAUAAGGUGAUCCCAUACUAACAGCACAGAUAAUAGCCAGAAGCCCAUAUAUGCGUGUUUCGCCGAUAUUCUGUCGCUGGUUGACAGAGCUUCGAGGGGUUCGGCUCGUCAGUGGAUCCUCCAAAAGCCCAUACACGCGUGCUGGUGACCCACUGACGAGCCGAACCCCUCCCAGCUGUGUCAACCAGCGGCAGAAUAUCGGCAAAACACGCCUGUGUGGGCUUUUGGCCACUACCUGUGCUGUUAGUAUGGAAUCACCCUACCUUAUAGUUUGCUACUAGUUGCCUGCCGGCAGUUAAUGAAUAUUACGCGAGUAUACGCUGUGAUUGUUGGACUUCGGCCCAAUCAUUCAUAAAUGAAAACUUCCGUCCGAGCCUACAGACCUUAAAUAUAUUGAUCUACUCCAAGUUCGCAGUUAAUUUUUAAGGAAAUUAAAAAUCAACCAUGAAUUACCUCAUAAAAUCAUAGUAAUGAACACAUGAGCCCAUUCGAGUGUACUUUGACUGCAUGGUUUUAUUUGCUAACCGAAAGCCGCAUUCCCUGUCAGGUUUUGCGAUCGUAUGUUUCGAACUCGUCUUAAAUAUUAGCUGAUAACUACCCACAAUAUCAUGAGGACUAGGACGUAUUCAGUAGUUUGCUUGGUUCGGCAGUUGAUUUGAUACUUGUUUAUUGUCUGGUGUCUCAGAAAAGACGGAGCCUUCUACUCAUGAGAACACAAAAACGCGCAUAAAAAAUACUUGGGCGUGUAAGAAAACACCGCAUUAGCUCCCGAAGGGGAGUCUACCAUGAAAUACUGAGUUUUUGCCUGCUGGUAGCCAAUAGGUGAUUAUUUCUAGGAUGUCAGGGAUGCCUGAUGUUCCUAUAAUGUUCGCUCUAAUCGGUAAUUAUCUAAAGGUGCAGCCAACUACAAUAGCAACAUGACCUUUUAAUAGGGAAUCUUCUAGAAUUACUUAAGUUGGCAUUCAAACGACCUAGUUACAGUGAUUACAAUUAACUUUAUGUUGUACAGUAAUAAUGGUCAGGACCUAUAUGACGACACACCGUAUAGCAGUGUAUGCAAUGAAUGUUAGCAGCAGAAUGCUACAAAUAUUGCUGUCAUCAGUAUAAGCGAACUGGUACACAAAAAGCGUGAAAUAAGGUUGCAAGCCACUAUGACGCAACAGACGAUAUAAUGAAAAACUUAGACGUUAGUGGUAUGAGAAACUAUACCAAAAAUCAACCAAAAAUACUGAAUACAGCAAUCGGAAAAUGUAGUGAUUUUACGGCCCCACUUUAUUCGUUAAAACUUUCCGACCUCAUAUAAAGUAUUUGCGUUGGCAAAUAGUGCAGCUUUUCAAGAACCCUGCAGAAAUGAUUCCAUAUUCUAAUUAGAGCUUUGGCGCAACAUUAUUCGUGCAUGUCUGCGCUGGGAAGAGAGAAAGAUAUCAAGCUAGACGGCGUGUCUAAUUAACCCUGUGCUAGAUAAGAGAAUAAGGCAUAAACAAGGCCAGACUUUCGACCGUGGUGAAAUACUCAACGUGGAAUUCAGUUCUUUUCGAAUUAGUACUUAUGAUCCAAUGACAUAGGGUUGCAAAAAUACUUUGCAACAAUAUUCAAGAAGGCAAAAUUGGGGAGCAGGACAGAUUAUUUGAGAAAUAAGAAUGGCUUACCGGAAAGGCUUGCUAAAAUUCUGACGGCCCACAUAACUUAGUCGGCUCACCAUUGUAAGAGCAUUUAAUCGAACAGAAGUGGAAGUGGCGUGCGGUGCUAGUUGGCCCCGCACUGGUCGAUUUUGGGGUGAUUGGGCCUCUGAUGGGGUGGGGGGAUUGUUUGAUCUGGUGACUCUUUUUCGCUCCGCCGAGUAAGUUCGUCGUCGGGAUAUGUCUGUGUGGCUUUCUGUGAUCAACCUGUCCUAGGCUUUCUGUACGUAAUUAUGCUGGACUUCGUGAGCUACAGAAAGGUCAAGAUGCCAGCUGAUGGAGUUGGCAUCUGAAUGCUUCGCCUCUACUAUCAGCCUUCCUGUCCUUGAUUUUCCGUGGCCUAAGGUAGUCUCUCCCCGAUGGUGGGAAGUUUGGCCAGUUUCUCCAAUGUGCCUCGCAAACUGCGAGUUUGGAUCUAAGCUCCGAUCUACUGAUUUUUACUCUUAAAGGCGGGUCUGCAGUAUCCAACCUGUUCCCCAACGUAGUUUCACUCCUCAUCAUUGCAGCUAUUUUGUAAAUACCUACUAAGAUUUUGGUUGGUGGUAGUGUGCCUUUGGGUUGCACCAAACGGCUAUGACAUCUUGCCUGAGGUCAACGGACUAUGGCUACUCGGACGAGUAGCAGCAGUCGAGAGACCGACUCGGAAACUCCUUUAGUAUAGGAAAGGCCCCUUUAGACAUAGUAUUUCUGCUCCUCUGGCUGUUGUACGUUCGUUCGGAGUCUGUUUUAUCGAUAAAAUUGCUGGGGUAUCCAUUGGUUCUUAAAAUGUUUUAAAAGUAAGCGGUUGACGUCCCAUAAUGUGCACUAAAAUGCCCCUUAGAGUAGAUAAACUUAUACAGUGCCGCGACGUGAUUUAUAAUCAUGUUUUAGAAAACCUGUUGCAAAAAAGCCCGAUUUAAUUCUAUUUCUCCUCAAACAUUUUUUUAAGAAAAUUCACUCCAUUUUGAACACGUUAUACCCCUGAAUAUUUUUUGAUAAACAGAUUAAGUGAAUCAUGUCAAAGUGGCAAUUUACGAUAAAGAACCCCACAAUCUUAUUACACAGAGGACAAUUUUAGACUGGUAUCAACCAGAGACAGCUUGCGGCUUUGGUGGACGUGCAUUCAGACAGAAUAAUUUUGGGACGUAAAAGUCUAACAUUUAAAAGAAAAUCCCGGGUGGUUGGCGGCGUCUGUUUGAUUGACCCCUCUGCAUUCUUUUCAACAAUGUGGCUAUAAACGAUCCCUACGGUUUUGAGGGAACUUUGGCCGUGACUUGUAUUUGCAGGGUUGUAAACACUUUGAUUUAACAACAAUCUCUUACUAUGGACGAUUAGAAAAUGCAUCUCAUCUUUGGAAAUCUUUUAAAUAUCUUCUUCAGAGUGGAUAGAGGAAAUGGGUACGUACGCAUGCAUUGAACUUCAACUACGCAAUGAUUUAGAACCGUUAUAGGUUCUAUAUAAUAGCCUAUUGUUCGCGUCCAACGAAAGUGGCUUUUUUGUCAUUUGUGCUGCACAAGUUAUCCCUUACUGUCUACUUCUACUUAUUUAUAAAACUAAAAUUGAUUUUCCACAGAUAAAUUGGCCAAGAAAGUCAGGCGAGGACGUAUGUACAUGCAUAUUUUUAAACUUUGCAUCAAAAACUGAAUCAUGCGAACUGCUGAAUUAAGAUAGAUGACUACUUCACCUUUUCUUGACCCAAUUUAUCAGAGAUUCUGGCGAUUAUUUCCCAUACGGCCGCAAAUCGUCAUUUUAUCUUAUUCGCUUGAGGAUUUACUACCUGCAGAAUGGAUUGCCGAGGAUUACUGAUGAUCGCCGCAUUGCACAUCUUUAGAUUCAUGCAUUUCGCUUGAGAUGAAAUGAAUCCUAUUGUUCGGGGUUUACAAAAAAUAGCUUCACAUUCAUGGACUGUUCAUAUAAGCUGACUACACUGAGAGAUUUGACGCACGUUUCACAAACGCUGUUUGCUAUUUUGGUUAAAUUCUCAUUCUUCCAAUUCUUUGUCUCCUAGGAGUCUAGAAUUGGACACAAUGUGUUCGUUUAAGAGUAGUAUUAAAUAUCGUCUAAAAGAGCACUUCUAAUGCUGUCCAAAUAAACCUGGAAACAAGCUUGUUUCGAGUUAACCUCAAAUCGGGCAAUCUUCUAGCUCAAAAAUGCGUUCAAACCGUAAAGGGCCGAUAAUGGAAGGAUUCUGCUCAGUUUUUCUCUCUGCCGUGCCAUCGCAAGUGUUUAUACUCAAAUCCUUGUCGAAGAUAAACGCAGUAAAGUAUAAUUUGGUAUUAUUUAUCUUACUGAUUUAAAGGCUAAAUGCAGUAGCUCGUUUGUCCGAUUGGAAUUCAUCCAUUUUGCCAAUUAUUGCCAUUUUACUUACGACCCUUCCGUCUUCUCUUCUUAAGCCAAGGCGUCAUGA